AUGAAGCAAAAAAGCAAAGUUGCUCUUGCUAAUGAGAGGAGUAAAGCUUCAAUAACGCGAGUUCUGGAGCUCAAUAUUAUUUUUAAAGCACGGCAACUCAAAGUUGAGAUAGUGUACCCAGAUUGUUCAAGUUGGCAUUUGACUAAGUAG